AUGUAUGUGAAAUGGUUUGGUACAGUAAUGUUUUACUAUGUGAUUUUAGUGAUUUUUGUGACUGUCACUUUUUGUCAUUUUCAAAUUUCCCGCCGUUCCGUCCCCCGUACGUCCCGAUGCUCGCAGAUAACGGAACCCAGAUGACAGAUGCUGGCAUCCUGGAGGACAUUGCUGGGGACACUGCAGGAGGGACAUCGCAGGAGCGCAGGACAAGGUAAGUGACCGAGGGAUCGCGGAGCAGCACCACAUGGUAUUCCGGAGAGUAGCUCGGGGUUACCGCUUGUGCUACACUCGGGAAUACCUCCAGGGAGGCUACG